CAUGGUCUAGCCCCGCCGGUGACGUCAAGGAGUAGCGGUGUGCAAUCACGCAGCGCAUGAAAAACAAAGACGGUGAAAAUAUUUGUUCUGCAUAAAGAAGGGAGAAAAGAAAAGUAUGUCUGCGCACGCCUAAGAACGAAGAAGAUAGCGCGAGACAAGAGAGCGCAAAGGAGGGAGAAAAGAGGCGUGCAGUAGGCAGUAAGAUAGGACGUAGAACGGCUGCUGCCGUUGUGUUUGGGCUCGGCUCGGUUGUGCCGCUUCCGUUAUGAUACGAUUCAGCGCUUGGCGCUGUGACCGGGCAAUAAGUUGUUUGUGAUUAUGCGUAAUUGAUACUUUGUACAAGUUUAAAAGAAACGCGAUGGAGGUGUACAUCGUUUUCUCGUUUGACUGGUAACUUGCUUCUACUUCGAUCGUUACAGUUCUUGUACGCCAUGUGCUAUUGCCACGCGUGUGUUUCUUUUCCUACUGGAUUAAUCUUCGUUACAUUUUCGUAAAAAUAUUGCUAAACCGAUUUAACAAGGAUUACCAUUCGUGAUCUUAGUGAUUCGUGUAAAUGUAGUGUAGGAAGAUACUUUCCUUUUUUCUACCCUUGAAUUUUUGGCCGGCUUGCAUUCAGAAUCAUUAUAAGAACAGCAACGAGAGACAUAGAAAAAAGGAUAGACGGUGGAUUCGGCGAGCUCGAGUACGAGAGAUAACGCGAGGAGCGCAAGUGGUGUAUCAAGAUGGCGCAUAAUUUGGCACCGAGCGUCAACUGUUCGCUCGACGACAUUGAUCUAAACGCAUUGAAGGAACCUGCUGGUAUCUUCGAAUUGAUUGAAGUGGUAGGCAAUGGAACUUAUGGUCAAGUUUAUAAAGGCCGACACACCAAAACUGGUCAGUUGGCAGCCAUCAAGGUUAUGGAUGUUACCGAAGACGAGGAAGAAGAAAUCAAAUUAGAAAUAAAUGUAUUAAAACGGUAUUCAAAUCAUCGAAACAUAGCAACAUAUUACGGUGCCUUCGUAAAGAAGUCGUCACCUGGCAAAGAUGAUCAGUUAUGGUUGGUUAUGGAAUAUUGCGGAGCUGGCUCCGUCACAGAUCUUGUGAAAUCUACAAAGGGCCAGAGUUUGAAAGAAGAAUGGAUUGCCUAUAUAUCUCGGGAGAUUUUAAGAGGACUUAGUUAUCUUCACAGCAAUAAAGUUAUUCACAGGGACAUCAAAGGGCAAAAUGUUCUGUUGACUGACAAUGCUGAAGUCAAGCUAGUUGAUUUCGGCGUCAGUGCACAGCUAGACAGAACAAUAGGUAGAAGAAACACGUUCAUCGGAACACCAUAUUGGAUGGCACCUGAAGUAAUAGCCUGCGAUGAGAAUCCAGAUGCUACAUACGACAAUCGAAGUGAUCUUUGGUCACUCGGAAUUACAGCUUUAGAAAUGGCUGAAUCACAACCUCCGCUCUGUGACCUCCAUCCAAUGCGAGCAUUGUUUCUAAUACCACGUAACCCUCCACCAAGACUGAAAUCGAAGAAGUGGUCGAAAAAAUUUCAUGGUUUUAUCGAAACGGUGUUAGUAAAAGAUUAUCAUCAGCGGCCAUAUACGGAACAGCUUCUUAAACAUCCUUUUAUUCGGGACCAACCGACUGAAAGACAAGUCAGGAUACAACUCAAAGACCAUAUCGACCGUUGCAAAAAACGUAAACAGGAAAAAGAAAGAGACGAUUAUCGAUAUAGUGGUAGUGAAAAUGAAGAAGACGAACCAGCACUGGCUGGUGAACCAUCAUCUAUUGUUCAAGCCCCCGGUGGUGAUACAUUGCGCAGAAAUUUCCAGCAAAUUCAAGAGGGUAGAACUUUGACACAAGAAGUAGCUCCUCAACCAUCUGCAGCUAAAGACAAACCGAGUAGCAGAUCUCAGAGAGAUAUACCAGAGCCAGGACCACCUGCAAGACCUGCUAUUCCUCAUAGACUAAUUGUAGUUCCAGACCCGCAGCCACCAUCUCGGCCAUUGCCACCGACACCUCGAGACGACCCACGACAACCACACAAAGUAUCAACACCACCUUCUAAUCAUCAACCGCCUGCCACUGGAAGUGGUAGUGGAAACUCAAGUGGUCAAUCCGCAUCUCAGCGAAAUAGUCAUGUGUUUAAACCUAUGCUGCCGCCAAGGAGGCCGGAGGACUUGGACAUGCUGGCCGCUCAACUCAACGAGCUUGGUGUGUCACAGGGCCCAGAGGCCCCGCCUAGGCCGAACAGACAGCAUAAGGGCCCUGCUGCAUCAUCUACAUCCAAUUCCGUUCAACCUACAAGCAGCAAUGAUCAGAACAACAAACAGAUGCCACAGUCUUCCAGUAUUCUCGAUCAAGCUUUAUCAGUAGAAAGUGACAGCGAUGACGACCUCGAAGAUGCAGGAGGAAAUAAUGCAAGAAAUGAUGGUACCCUACUUGCGAGCGAUCCACCGAAACCUUUACCCGAAUUUUCUCCUUUCAGACCGUCUACAGAUUCAUCGUCGAUGUCUUCGCAUAAUGCCCAGAACUCUCAUCAUCAAGGUAAGCCUAAAGGCGGUGCACCCAACAGACCACUUCCACCAACUCCCGACGAGGAAGAAUCAGACCGUACCCUAGUCAUGAAACGGAAGUCGGACUCCUCAAGGUCGAGUAUAUUCGCAAGCGGUAAUCGACGCGGAAGCGAAAUAAGUGUCGCCGGUAUUGCUGGUAGAAAGGGCAAUGCUGUCAAUACCGGUGAACCAGUCCUUACAGACUUUUCUUUCGAUCGUGAUGGUCUUCAGAGGCCUAGAAGAGAAAAGACAGAGAGCGAGAUCGUUUUUGGUAAUAGACACGAGAGCAGAAGGUUCGACUUUGGACGUGAUAAAGACGACACUACGAGGAGACGCAGUUGUAGGCCAUCAGACGCGGUUUCUACCGCGGUUGACGAAGCGGGAACUAUAAAAUCUACGGCCAGUACAACGGCUAGCGAGUACAGCCCCAUUGUCACUCAGAAUCGGGAAGGUGGCGACCGGCCGAGAGGCGGUGGAGGUGGGAGUGAUUUUCAGAGAUCGGAUUCAUCCCCUGGUUCGAGGCCCAGCUCCGUCCUUCCGGAUCUACUCACGUCGUCACCGAGUCAACGGCAGGACAAGUCCACCAGUGAGGAGUAUCGGCAAGCGGUUAAAUCACCACCUCCGUUUGCGCUCCAACAGAAGCAAAGAUCAUUCCUGACAUUUGGAUUCGGUGCUGGACCGGCCAGGAGGGAAUCUCACGUAAACGUUAACGUGACACCAACCAGCCAUGACCUUGCAUCUGAUACACCUGAAAUUCGCAAAUAUAAGAAACGCUUCAACAGUGAAAUACUGUGUGCUGCGCUGUGGGGAGUAAAUUUAUUAAUCGGCACCGAGAAUGGCCUUAUGCUACUAGAUCGAAGUGGUCAAGGUAAAGUGUAUCAGUUGAUAAGCAGAAGACGAUUUCAACAAAUGGAAGUUCUCGAAGGUCAAAACAUUUUGGUUACAAUUAGCGGAAAGAAGAAUCGAGUGCGGGUAUAUUAUCUUUCGUGGCUUAAGAGUAAGAUAUUACGAACCGACGGACACAGCGACCAAGUGGAACGACGCAAUGGUUGGAUCAACGUUGGCGACCUUCAAGGAGCAGUUCAUUUUAAAAUAGUUAAAUACGAGAGAAUCAAAUUUCUUGUUAUCGCGCUGAAGGAUUCCAUAGAAAUUUAUGCUUGGGCGCCGAAACCUUAUCAUAAAUUUAUGGCAUUUAAGUCGUUCGGUGAACUUGCGCAUAGACCGCUUCUUGUCGAUCUUACCAUAGAAGAAGGCACGAGAUUGAAAGUUAUUUACGGCAGCGCUGAUGGUUUCCAUGCUGUUGAUUUGGAUUCCGCUACGGUUUAUGACAUUUAUUUGCCAAAACACACCCAAGGACCUAUUUGUCCACAUUGUAUCGUCGCAUUACCAAAUAGCAAUGGCAUGCAGUUAUUAUUAUGUUAUGAUAACGAAGGUGUGUAUGUUAACACUUACGGCAGAGUUUCCAAAACAAUGGUCCUUCAGUGGGGUGAAAUGCCCACGAGUGUUGCCUACAUAGGUACAGGACAAAUAAUGGGCUGGGGUAAUAAGGCGAUUGAGAUUAGAAGCGUCGAAAGUGGACACCUUGAUGGUGUAUUUAUGCACAAGAAAGCUCAACGGCUCAAGUUCCUUUGCGAGCGUAAUGAUAAGGUAUUUUUUUCGUCAGCAAAAGGUGGAAGUUCGUGUCAAAUUUACUUCAUGACAUUAAAUAAGCCUGGCAUGGCUAACUGGUGAUCCCGAAUGAGGCCAAAUCUGGCCCUAAAAUUGUCAACGCGUAUAACGACACAAAAUUUACCUCAUGCAUCAGGAUCUGCAUUUUCGAUAUUCAUAUUCAUACGUUUUUCACUGCCAAGACUAAACAACGCCAUUCAAAACAAAAAAUAUUUGCAGAAUAAUCAACAUCAUAGUAAUAUGUAUCAUUCUCAACUUUAUUACAAUCGUCGUUGUCAUCAACGUCAUCAUCGUCGUUAUCGUUAUCAUCAUCGCCACCGACACCGGCAGCGUCACCAUCACCAUCAUCGUCAUUAUCAUCGUCAUUAUCAUUACCAACCUCAACAUCGUCAGCGUCAUCGUCAUUGUUGUUGUCGUCAUCGUCGUCGUCGCCGUCGUCGUCGCCGCCGUCGUCGUCGUCA